AUUUACGCAAAAAGAAAAGGAAAAAUAAUAUUAGAAUGGGAGGUAGGGGGAGAGGCGCGAACUGACAAAGAGGGGCAGAGUGAAACAGAAGGGGAUCGAGAGAGAGGAAGACAUAAAGCGAGGGACAGAGAGUAGACAGAAAGAAAGAGGGGGCUCACAGAUUGGAGGUCGAUUGAAGCGGAAUAAAUCUUUGCUAGUGAAGAAGAAUUUAUUUGUUGGUUCUCUGUUUGGCGUGCCAAUCUAAAGUUAAAGGCCUCUGAUUUAUAGGGGGUGGGGUUCUGAAACGUUGAUGGAGUAAUUGAAACUGGUGUCACAUGUUUCAUGGUGGUGAAAAGGAGCUGCGUUGAAGGUUGGAGCCAAACCCAGUUCUUAUUUUCAUGAUCUAGCUAUUUUUUUUAUAAAAAAUAACUAGAAGUUUUAAGUUCUACGUUUACAAGGAUACAACUUGAAGAUUUUAAUACGAGAUCUGUCGGUGGAACUAGGUUUUGGUUCUUGAGCACCUUAGCGGGGCUUUCUAUUGGGUCCCUUGAGACAUGUUUAGAAAUGGGUUUUAUGAUUCCGGCUUUGAUCUUGUCUUGGUCUUGAAUCAAAAUGGAUUUUAGAUUGAAACUGAGGGUGCCCAUUUGGAGAAAUUGUUGGUUUUUGUGUGUCUUUGAUGGGACUUGAUUUGUGGGUCUCGAAUGUGCGAGGAGUUGGACCUUUGAUUUUGGUUGCAUUUUGAGGUGAUUUUGUUUUGAAAAGUCUUGGAGAACAACAUGUUCUGGAGGGACCGUGAGAGGGAGAACAAAGAGCAAAACGGUGGUGGACCGCCUUGUGGGCAGGUUCGAGUGCUUGUUGUUGGCGACUCAGGUGUUGGAAAAAGUUCUCUUGUUCAUCUGAUUGUCAACGGUUCUUCCAUCGCUCGUCCUCCUCAGACAGUAGGGUGUACAGUUGGUGUAAAGCAUACUACUUAUGGAAACUCUGGUAGCUCGUCAAGCAGCAUUAAAGGUGACGCUGAGAGAGAUUUCUUUAUUGAACUCUGGGAUGUGUCUGGACAUGAUAGAUACAAAGAAUGCCGGUCUCUUUUUUAUUCCCAAAUUAAUGGUGUAAUCUUUGUUCAUGAUCUCUCCCAAAGAAGGACAAAAACUGGCUUACAGAGGUGGGCAGCUGAGAUUGCUGCGACUGGGACAUUUUCGGCUCCUCUAGGAUCUGGAGGUCCCGGUGGCCUUCCUGUCCCCUAUAUUGUUAUAGGUAACAAAGCUGAUAUUGCUGCAAAAGAGGGUACAAGGGGAAGCAGUGGCAAUCUUGUUGACGUAGCUCGACAGUGGGUUGAGAAACAAGGUUUGCUUCCAUCCAGUGAGGAACUUCCACUGACUGAGAGUUUUCCUAGUGCUGGAGGCCUUAUUGCGGCUGCCAAAGAAGCAAGAUAUGACAAGGAAGCCGUGAUGAAAUUUUUCCGUAUGUUGAUCAGAAGAAGAUAUUUUUCCGAUGAUGUACCUGCACAAAAUCCAUGGUCUGGUUCUCCAGUUCAAAAACCUGCACAGACUGUAGAUGAAAAUUGGAGUGAUGAGGAUCAUUCCUACAGGAAUUCCAGCUUGCGUGGUGACCCUUACAAGUACAACAUGCUCCCUCCUCUUCCAGCGCAACGCAAUCUGACACCACCUCCCACGCUUUAUCCUCAGCAACCAGUUUCGGUUUCAGAAAACUACAGCCUUCCUAGAUUUUCCCAUACUAGUUACCCAGAAAUCAGCAGUACAGGCAGAUCAAAGCGCUCAGAUAUUAAUGUCUAAUAGUCGUUGCCUCCGGUUAAUGUGAUUACUUUUGCAUGAAUGAAUGCUCUGUAUGCGGCCAAAGUUCUUCCCAUUUUGUUUCAUUUGUAACUGCUCCAUUGAUUCUUUACAUCCACAGGUUUUCAUUGUAAGUGGUUCUUGUUUUAUGUUUGUCAAGUAUAUAAUGAUUGAUUCAUCGACCUGAAAACUGCGAACAGGCAAUUCUUUUCA